UAGCAUGACAGUAUUAAAUUUGGUCUAAAUGGCUUAUCCCACCUCAGCCUGUAGCGGGGGUACUUCGGCCACGCACGCUCCGCCACUCGCGGCGCCCUCCUCUGUGCCCGCGCGCCUCUGGGUGCGCGCAGGACCCUUCACUACAGCAGAGAGCAGCAGCGCAUCCAUCCUGCCGUGGAGCCGGGAGCGUGGACCCGCGAGGAGCGCACAGAGAGAGAGACACACACACAGAAGAUGGACGGAGUCGGAUCGUUCGGAGCGGGCCGGGCCGGGACCACUAUAGACCCGAUUGCCUUCGCCAAACAGCCGCAGACCAUCCUCAGAGUGCUGUCCUGGAUAUUUUCGCUGGUGGUCUUUGCCUCCAUCGUGAACGAGGGUUAUGUCAACCUGGGCAGCGAGCGUCUCCACUGCAUCUUCAAUCGUAAUGCAGACGCGUGCAACUACGGUGUGUUCGUGGGCCUGGUGGGCCUGCUGUCGUGCUCCUUCUUUUUCCUGCUCGACUACAAGUUCUCCUCCAUCAGCUCCGUCAAAGACAGGAAGAAGGCUAUCAUGCUUGAGAUCGGCUUCUCGGGUUUCUGGACCUUCCUAUACUUCGUAAGUUUCUGCUUCCUGGCCAAUCAGUGGUCUCAGACCACGGCUGAUGAGCUGCCACUCAAUCAGGGGGCAGAUGCAGCCCGGGCUGCAAUCGCCUUCUCUUUCUUCUCCAUAAUCACUUGGGCUGGUCUAACAGUGCGUGCGGUCCAGAAGUAUAUGCUCGGCACGGACAUGACUCUGUUCACCACGGAGCACAUGGACGGCGGCGCGCCCACCCAGCCAUACCCCUCCAAUUCACCUGUAGGCGCCACCACUGAGACCGCAGAGGCCUACCAGAGCCCACCAUUCACCGAGAACAACGCAGCACCCACGUACCAGGUUCCCAUUUACUAGAUAGGUAGACCUGAUGGUGGAGGAGGAAGGGAUGAGAGGAAAGUGAUAAAAAUUGCUUUCUGUGAUGUUACACCUGUUGUUGUUUAUGUGUUGAUCUGGGCUGAGUUUUCAGUAAUUGUUCAAAAACGGCCUCGCCACCUCCUCUCGUUCCCUUUCCUUCCUUAACAUUCCAGCUUUACCUCGCACUUUUCCACACCUGUAUGUUGAACUCAAUCUUCUGCUUUAGCAAAUCCAGUGUUGUCAGAUCAGAGCAGAUGAGAGAAAAAGAGAACAAGAGGAGGAAAUGUAGACGAGGAGGCCACGGUGCAGUAUUCAAACAUUAUUUUGAAAAAGAAGAGAUCAACAAGUGAGUGACUCCACCACAAAGCAGUAUUAGAUGACUAAAAAUAGUGCAGAAUCCACUCACAUACAGCACCUUCAUAUUAUUCUCUUCAUUCAUUUAAGUGUCAAAAUCCCCUUUCAUGCCAAACAGUACGGGGAAUGUUUUUUUUAUUUAUUUUUUUUAGCUACAGUAUGGUCUGGUCUUUCCUCCCCCUCUCUCUGCUGCAGUUAAAAGUGAUCAUGUGUAUUGAAUCUGCAUGUUUCCAAACUUAGAUAUCAACUAAGUGCCAUACUGUACUGUAUCUCUCAGACAGUGACUUAAUUUAGUAGAUUUCCACAUGCUGUAAAAAAAAAAAAAAAAUACAACAACAAUGUUUUGUGACCAAGUGCAAUAUCUCACAUUCUUAUGUAGGUAGGUAUAUACUGUACUGUAGGUAGGCUAGUUACGGUCAGAGUAGACCAAUUUUAGGCACUGUCUCAAAUUACAUACUACUCUUUGAAUUGUACUAACAAAUCUCAGGCAUUUUUCCAAAUUUAAAGUGUCGAUCUGAACUAUCCUGGUGAAGUUUGCAAGAUAUGGAAGUUACUGUAUAUCCAACAGAUCAUGACAUAACUUUUCAUCUACACAACAAUUUAAAUAAAAUUAGUAUUGGUCAAGAAUCCUUUAUAUCAUCUCUUUGAGUAUUUACUGUAUGGUCUUCCUCUAUGUGGUGGAAUGAUUAUUUUAACCCUUUUUAAAGAUUAACAGUGUCACAAUGCAAAAUAUUCCUUUGAGUACAUUAUCACAUUAACUGUGUGAAUGUAGUUCAUACAUGUACAAGGGUCAGUUUUCCAGGUUGAUUGUUCUUGAUUGGUUGAUUGAAGAUUUAAGAUCACUUUUCAGUCUGUACCAGAUAAGGGGGAAUAUAGAAUGGGCCUACUGGGCACAGGCUGAGGGCCCAAGUGGCCCCUGGGCCACAGCCUCUGUUUGAAGUUACCAUUAACAUUUACAUCUACAGAGAUACAAAAAGACUACAAAGAAACACAAAAAACCCAUAAAAGGUACCAAAAACAAGAAGGAGACAAAACUUAGAGAAGCAAAACAAGCACAGAGAUUCAAAAAGACUAAGAGACAAAAAGCAACCACAAAUAGGCACAAAAUUACUACAAAGAGAUGCAAAACUAGAAAGAGAAGCAAUACAACCACAAAGAGUCAAAAAGACUACAAUGAGAGA